GCGAUGGGCGGUACAUCAUCUAGAAAGACACGGGGGCGUUUACAUGCGGCUGCGGAACGGUUCGUUGCGGUGAUUGUGUGAUUGAGGUUCCGUAGCUAAUUGUCCCCUCCCGGGGCCGGAAUUAACGGCACGAAGGAGAAGCAGGAGUAGGGAGAUGUCUCUUUGGCAACUGGGGGGGCGGCUGUCCUCUCUAUAACACACAUCCUCUGAGGCUUAUGGGAUAGGACGCCCCCCUUCCCGCCCUCCCCACCCCCCACCCCCCACCACCACAGCCUCCCCCUGGAUACAAACGUGCCAAAGCCUAGCGGAGGUGGAGGAGCCAUGGGGAGCCCGGGCUGUGAGGUGGGUCCGGCCGGGCCGGUGGAGUCCGUCCUGGAAGCCCUUUGUCCCGAGUGUGGGCAGAUCCAUCGGGCCCGGGAGAACCACCUGUACAACUACCGUCUGGAGGUGGACGACGACCUGAUGUGCCACAUCUGCCUGCAGCCCCUGGUCCAGCCCCUGGACACGCCCUGCGGGCACACCUUCUGCGCCCGCUGCCUGCGCAGCUUCCUGCAGGAGCGAGACUUCUGCCCCCUGGACCGCGCCCGGCUGCAGCUGCAGGCGUGCCGCAGGUCCAGCAUUCUGGUCCACAAGCUGCUGGACAAGCUGUCCGUGUCCUGCCCUCUGACCCCUGCCUGCUCCCUGGGCAUGCCCCGCUGUGACCUGGAGGCUCAUCUCAAGCACAGGUGUCCAGGUAUGCGCUCUCCGCAGACGGGCGAAGAGGGUCCUCGCUGUGAGAGUAGGGAGGAGGGAGCCAUGGUCAUCAGCCCCCCCAGGUCCCCCCGCUCACCCCAGACUGACCUGAGGUCACCCUCGCCCCCCGGGGGCCCCUCCACAGCUGGCAGCAGUGUGCCCAUGUGGACCGACGAACCGGGCCUGGACAACCCUGCCUUCGAGGAGAGCACCGAGGAGGACAGUGUGGUGGGGUCGGAGUGUGUCGUCCCCAGAGUGAAGCGUCCCCUCAGUAAUCCUUGCAUCCACUUACUACGCUCGGUUAGCUCCGCCUCCUCAGGGUGGGACUGCCCCGAGUCUCCGCCUCUCUCUGCAGAAGAAGGCUGUGUGAAGCUGCCCUCCCUUCCUGAGGGGGAGAUCACCAGCAUAGAGCUCCACCGGGCCAACCCCUACGUGGAGCUGGGCAUCAGCAUCGUCGGGGGCAACGAGACUCCGCUCAUCAACAUAGUGAUCCAGGAGGUUUACCGUGAAGGGGUGAUCGCCCGUGACGGGCGUCUGCUGGCCGGGGACCAGAUCCUGCAGGUGAACAGCGUGGACAUCAGCAACGUGCCCCACAGCUUGGCCCGCUCCACCCUGGGCCGCCCGUGCACCACCCUGCAGCUGACGGUGCUGCGGGAGCGCCGCUGUGCCUCCCGGGCCCCGCCCUCCUCCGGCACCACCCCGGCCGUGCCCCACGCCCCCUGCUCCACCCCCGAGGGCGCCCCGUCCAGCCCCGCCAACCUGAGGAUCACCCUCCACAAGCGGGACUCGUCGGAGCAGCUGGGCAUCAAGCUGGUCCGGAGGACGGACGAGGCCGGGGUGUUUGUGCUGGACCUGCUGGAGGGGGGGCUGGCCGCUAAGGACGGCCGGCUGUGCGGAAACGACCGCGUGCUGGCCGUCAACGAGCAGGAUCUGUGCCAUGGCACUCCAGAACAGGCCGCUCAGAUCAUACAGGCCAGUGGUGAGAGAGUCCAUCUGCUGAUUGGACGUCCUACCAAGCAAACCCCACCCCCACCACCUAGCUCCACCUCCAGCAGAGACUACUGCCUUGACCACUUCCUCCCCAAUCACCAUCACCAUCAUAGCUCCACCCCCAGCCCUGUUCCUAUCCACCUGUCACGGGCCAGCACCCACAGAGAUCUGUCCCAGUGUGUCACCUGUAAGGAGAAACACAUCACUGUGAAGAAAGAGCCUCAGGAGUCCCUGGGGAUGACCGUGGCGGGGGGGCGGGGCAGCAAGAGCGGCGAACUGCCCAUCUUUGUGACCAGCGUCCAGCCCCACGGCUGCCUGUCCAGGGACGGGCGGAUCAAAAGAGGUGAUGUGCUCCUUAGCAUCAACGGGCAGGAUCUCACCUACCGGAGCCACAGCGAGGCAGUGGGCACCCUGAAGGCCAGCGCGGCGUCCUGCUCUGUCCAGCUGAGGGCCCUGGAGGUCAGCUUGGUGGAGGAGCCGGGCCUGGGUCAGGGGCCAGAGGACCAGCUGCUUCCCCCACACUGCCACACUCAUGACAGCGACUACGACGCCAGCUGGUCCCCCUCCUGGGUCAUGUGGCUGGGCCUGCCCAGCUACCUCCACAGUAGUCAUGAGAUCGUGUUGCGUAGAAACCAUCCUGGUAGCUGGGGGUUCAGCAUCGUUGGGGGAUUCGAGGAAAACCACGGCAACCAGGCAUUCUUUAUCAAGACCAUUGUCCUGGGAACCCCUGCCUACUACGAUGGUCGUCUCAAGUGCGGGGACAUGAUUGUGGCCGUUAACGGGCUGUCGACAGCAGGCAUGAGCCACUCUGCUCUGGUACCUAUGCUGAAGGAGCAGCGUAGCCGCGUGGCUCUCACCGUGGUGUCCUGGCCUGGCAGCCUGGCGUAGCUGGGACCCCAACCAGGCCCCACCACACCCCAGACCACCACCAAGCCAAGAAUGCUCUAUAUAUGGAAAUCCCACGCCAGACCGCUGAAUCAGG